AUGGCGCCUUCGAACAGCAUCACGUACCGCAGCACGCGGGGCGGUGCCAAGGGCCUGAGCUUCGAGCAGGCGGUUUUCGAAGGACUGGCGCCGGACGGGGGCCUAAUGGUCCCGGAGAAGGUGCCGGACGUUUCAGCGGUCUACAAAGGUUGGAGCAAGCUGAAGUUUCACGAGCUCGCCUUUGAGGUGGCGUCCCUCUUCUGCAGCGGGGACGAAGUGCCGCCCGAGGAUCUGCGGCGGCUGAUGCAGCGCAGCUACAAGACCUUUGACCAUGAGGAGGUGGUGCCCAGCAUCAAGGUGAACGACCUCUACGUCAUGGAGCUCUUCCAUGGCCCCACCUUCGCCUUUAAGGACGUGGCGCUGCAGGCGGGAGACGGGAGACAGGAGAAUCACAACUUCCUGCAGCAGCGGGCCCGGGGCUGCGAUGCGGCCAUCGCACCAGUCAGCAGCAUCAAGCCGCUCGGCAUCUUCAGCGAGGACUCCGAGCGACCCAGGCAGGACGCGCCCGCCCGUGCCCGCGCACGCUCCGGGUCCCGGAACGGGUCCCGGAACGGGUCGCGGAACGGGUCGCGGAACGGCACGCUGGAAGAGCCCGGGGCUAAGCCGGCUGCAGACAAUGUCCUGACCGCGUUGCUCAAUUUCCACCUGGAGUCCCGACUGGUUUUGCGGUCAGAAGACGUGUUGUUCUCCUCAGUUUUGAGCUUGCGACAUGGAGCACCAGGUGUCUGA